UACUGCGAUUAUCGGAACAUAAAACCGGUGCCGGCGGCAUUUCAAUGUGCCGAUAUUCUGUGGCACCGUCAGAAAAAUCACCGCUUCUAACUCCAGACUGUUUAUUUGACGGACUGGAACCGUUAAAAGUGAGGGGCGGAGAAAAGCGGUGAUUGGCUGUCGGUUGUCAUGUGAUGCGAGGGUCAUGACCUUGCGCUCGUUUAACAGAAAUGAAUUUUGAAGAAGAUCUAAUGCCCAGGCAAUUGCCUGUGGACGACUGGGAUACCAUUGAAGACUUUGACCCUAGUGUACCACCCAGAACACCUCAAGAAUACUUGAAAAGAGUCCAGAUUGAAGCAUCAAGAUGUCCUGAAGUAGUAGUGGCAAAAAUUGACCCAAGAAAGUUGAAAAGGAAUCAGACAGUGAAUGUUUCACUUUCUGGAUGUCAACCUGCCCCCGCAGGAUUUUCUCCCAGUCUCCGAUGGCAGCAGCAGCAAGUAGCUAAUUUUUCAAUCCUUCGACAGAGUAUAGCUAAACACAGGGAUCAUUGGAAGUCACAGCCUUUGGAUAGUAAUGUAAUGCUGCCAACACCUGAUGACGAAGAAGGAUGGAAAAAAUUCUGUCUUGGAGAAAAAUUGUACUUGGAUUCAUCUGUAUCACCAAUCACUGAUGAGCCUGAUAACCCAGGCAUUGACUAUGUGCAGGUGGGAUUUCCUCCCUUGUUGAGUAUUGUCAGCAGAAUGAGUCAGCCCACAGUAUUUAAUGCCCUGGAAUAUCUAAUCAACUGGUUUGGAGAUAAAAAAUUAUAUCCAGAAUUAGGCAGAUGGCUGUAUGCAUUGUUAGCCUGUAUAGAAAAGCCACUACUACCUGAGGCUCAUUCUCUUAUUCGACAGCUGGCUAGAAGAUGUUCUGCAGUUCGUGCUAAGCUAGAAAACCCAGAAGAAACAGAAUUGUCAGCAGUGAAUUUACUGAUUUGUUUAGUUGCCAGGUAUUUUGAACAGAGUGACCUCGCAGAUAAUGAUUGACGUGAUUACAUUCUGGAAUAGAAUUCUAGCUAUAAUUUUCAACAUUGCUUAUUAUGUUAGCAUCUUUACUUUUUUAAUGUAGACCUUUCUAUUUUGCUGGCACAAACUUAAAUGUCUUAAAUUUUUUUGAGGAUAUUAAACGAUCUUGCAGGAGAAUAUGUAGAUCUACAAGAUAAAAUGAUCAAAGAUUAAAAACUAAUUGUGUCAAAUAGCUUUGUUUUAAAUAAAUAAUUUGACUAGUU